ACCGUCUUGGUGAUAGUGUCAUGGAUGUUGGCCUUGUCCAAGAGAUAGUCAAUCGCUGAGUAGGACGUCAUCGAAGUCAUCACUGGUGUCGAUGGUACCGGAUUUCUGUUCCUGCUUAUAAGGUAACCCGGCCUGGUCAGCCGAUAGAACGAACUGAAUGUCUGGACUAUUACUAAGAUGCUCCGCAUAUGUCUGCCGAAAGGACGCGUAGCCCAUGUAAUGUUCUUUAAAAGAACCAGAACGCUGACAACGGCGAAGUGCAAUCACAAUGACUACUCUCAUCACAGGCGGUAAAGGGAAAACAGCGCUCCGCCUUGCGCGCCUGAUGAAAGACGCGAACAAACCAUUCCUCGUUGCCAGUCGUUCCGGUGGAGAUCCCGCAGACGAGUCUCCCAGCUGUCGAUUCGACUGGUUAGACCCUACGGCAUACGCGAACCCAUGGUCGAAAGCGGAGGACAUAACUUCGAUCUAUUUUGUACCUCCCCAGGUCAUGGACAUGUUACCGCCGAUGAAAGCGUUCAUAGACUAUUGCCGGGAGAAAGGAGUCAAACGCUUCGUGCUCCUGAGCGCGAGCGUCGUAGAACCAGGAGGACCAGCAGCUGGCAAAGUCCAUGAGUAUCUUGCUACGAUAGGCGUCGAUUACUGUGUCCUCCGACCUACGUGGUUCAUGGAAAACUUCUCCGAGGAACGACAUCGAGGGCCCUUCAAGUCCGAGGACAAGAUUUACUCUGCAACUGGUGACGGGAAGAUUCCCUUCGUCUCUGCAGAGGACAUUGCGGCUGUUGCUUUCCGUGCUCUGGUCGAUCCACAACCCCACAACACAGACCACUUCAUACGCGGUCCUGAGCUGCUUUCGUAUGACGAGGUUGCCGAAAUAAUAACAGAAGUAUUGGGUCGAAAAAUCACCCACGUCAAGUUGACGCAACUAGAGAUGGCGAAUUGGUUUACGGAGAGAGGCGUACCAAAAGAGUAUGCAGGUAUGUUGGCCUUGAUGGAUGCCCGGAUAGCCAAAGGCGCGGAGGAGACGUUGGACGACGCGGUGCUCAAGGUGACUGGUCGACCACCCGUCCGGUUUUCAACCUUUGCGAAAUCCGUUAGACACGUUUGGGAAUGAGCCACACAGGUAUAUAGUUGUAUAUCAAAAUGGUCAGGCGAUUGUGACUGACCGGUCUGACGACAAAAAGAAC